CUUCAAAAGAUGAGAAAAACAAAUAUUAUGCUAAUGAGAAUGAAUAUGUUAACUGUUUAGUAGAAUCUCAAGAAAUCAACAUUAUCGAUAAUAAUCUUGAAAAUAUAAAUUUAGAUAAAACUAACGAAGAGAAUAGUGAUUUAGAAUGA